AGUCGUGCAGGUGUUUUAUUUAUUGGUUGUUAUUUUACUCAGUGCUAUAACUUACUUUUGUUUAGUAACGCCAAGAUAACUUAGAGCAACUGCCAAUAUGCUGAAAGCUGGAUUUGUGGUCCUACUUGUUCUUCUUGUGCAUCUGUUUGACGAUUCAUCGGCACAAAAAGAUAAUCCAAAAGAUAUCUGCAGUUUACCAAUAGAUGUUGGUCCAUGCAAAGCCCAUCAGCCUAGAUGGGCAUAUGAUUCUGCUGUAGGAACCUGUGUCCAAUUCAUUUACGGAGGAUGUAAAGGAAAUGCUAACAACUUUCCCACUCAAGAAGCUUGCUUGGCUAGGUGUUCAGGAGUGUGACUAUUUUGAAAAGUGAAACCGUCUCCACUUGAAGAUCAUCAAGAUAUAUUAUGCUAGAAUUUAUUGUGCUGUUAAUUUUUUCGAAUUAAUUGUAUUUUGUUAUCAUAUUGUUAUUAUAUUAUGUUCGUUAUCAUAUUCUAUGUUAUGUUUUUGUUUCAAUUCCAUUUAAUGAAAUAAAAAAGCUUUUCUACAAAUUCUACUCCACCAA